AUGGAUUCAGACACAGGUAGCAAGGAUCAGACAUUAAUAUUUAUGACUCAUUGGCAAAGAACAAAUUUAUUGGGAUCAUUCUUUUAUGGAUAUAUAUUAACUCCAGUACUGGGAGGGUAUUUAUCUGGCGUGUAUGGUGGUAAAAAAGUCUUAUCAGGCAGUGUUUUUAUUAGUUCUGUUUUAUCUUUGUUAACACCAGCAGUUGCAAAGAUUAACUUCUAUGCCCUUUUGGCUGUACGAAUUGCAUUAGGAAUUGCUCAAGGUGUAAUGUUUCCUUGUGUUUAUACUAUUUUGGGAAAAUGGUCGCCACCUUGGGAACGAAGUCGGCUACUUAUAACAAUAUUUUCAGGAACCUUUAUAGGUACUGCCGUAAGUAUGCCCUUAGCUGGUGUCAUUUGUGAUACUAUUGGUUGGCCAUGGGUGUUUUAUUUGUGUGGAUUAUGUGGAUGUAUAUGGUGUAUCUCCUGGAUAUGUUUAGUGAGUGAGUCUCCGCGUACGGAUACCAAAAUUAAACCUGCAGAAUUAAUAAUCUUGCAAGAAGCAUUGAAUAAUUUAACUGAGCAUUUAGAUCUUCAAACCCCAUGGAAGCGAAUAUUUUUAUCGUUACCCCUUUGGGCAAUAAAUGCUGCCCAAAUAGCACAUUCCUAUCUAUUUUUUCUACUCAUCACGCAUUUUCCAUCAUAUAUGGAAGAUAUGUACGAUUACGACAUACAGAGAGUUGGUGUGUAUUCAGCGAUUCCGCAUUUGGUAAUUACCAUAAAUAGUUUGUUGGGUGCAUAUUUAGCUGAUAUUUUUAUUAAAAAAAAGUAUUUAUCACCAACUGCCACGAGAAAAUUAUUUACUUGUACUGCAUUACUGUUCAUGGCAAUGAUGUCUUUUUUCAACAUAAUUUGGAGAACUCCAUUGGGUAGUCUUACUUGUGCAAUUUUAAUGGAUGGAAUCGGAACUGUUGGUUGGGCAGGUUUCUGUGUCAAUUUUUUUGAUAUUUGUCCACAAUUUGCUCAUAUUACAAUGGGAAUAUCUACUACAUUUGCUGGUGUGUCUGGAAUAAUAAUGACAAUGCUUGUUACUCAUUUCGUACACAAUGAAUCUGUAAACAACACAUAUAAAGAUAAACCAAACGAUAAUAAAACAUCUGAUGAGAAAACAUCUAAUGAAAAAACAUACGAUGAAGAAAUAUCUCAGGAGAAAACAUCCAAUGAACAAAAAUCUGAUGAGAAAACAACCAAUGGACAGACAUCUGAUGAGAAAAUAUCUGAUAGAACAAAAUCUGAAAAAAUAACCAAUGCUAAAACAAUCGAUGAUGAAACAUCUAGUAAAAAAAUAUACAAUUAA